GUCAUUCUUCUUCUUCUUGGCGCGUCGUUUUGUUUUCGCCCUUUUCUAAAUGUGAAUAAUUUAAAGAAAAUCUGGAAAAAUGGCCCAAUUCUCGCCUGACCAGCCGCUAGCCACGCCCACUGCCGAGGAAUUUGGAUUUCCCUACGCGCCAUACGAAAUCCAAGAGCAGCUGAUGCAGGAGCUCUUCCAAGUGCUCGAAAAAGGGCAGGUGGGCAUUUUUGAGAGUCCCACGGGCACAGGAAAAUCCUUGACCCUCACCUGUGGCUCUCUCACCUGGCUUUUAAGGCAUGAGGAGCUCGUGAGGGCUGAAAUGCUGGCGAGGAUUCGCGGACUAGAACAAGAGCUGGUCGAACUGGAGAAGGAGGGAGAGAAAGUGAAGGACUGGCUUGGGAUCCAGGGAAAGUCCAGGAUACUGCGGGACGAGCUCCACAAGCUGCAGCACUUGCAAGAUCUGCUGGACAAACACGAUGAGCAGCUGGUAGAGAUCAGGAACCGGGCUAAAAUCGUUAAAAAGCAAAGCAGAAAGCCACCAUCCAAUCAGGAACAACUGGACAGCAGCCAGGAACCCACCUCUGACUCGGAUUCCGAGCAUGAAACUGCAGAUGGACCCCAGGAAACCACCGAGGACCACUAUCGCCCAGUGCAGAUAUUCUUCUGCAGUCGCACCCACUCGCAGCUUACCCAAAUAGUUUCGGAACUUCGCAAAACACCACAUGGUCGGGCGGUGAGGUGCAUUUCCCUGGGAUCCCGGCAGCAAUUGUGUGGGAAUCCCCAGGUGCGCAGCCUCAAACAAGUGGGACUGAUGAACGAACGGUGCUUGGACAUGGCCACCAAAAAAUCGCAGCCCAAUCCCAAGAAGAAAAGUCGGCUCUCUGCAGAGGCCAACAGUAGAUGUCCAUUAAAAGCUCCCUCCUUGGUGGAUUCCGUCAGGGACUUGGCUCUGAGUGAACUCCUGGACAUUGAGGAGUUGGCCAGCGAAGGAGCCGCCUGUGGUGGCUGCUCGUAUUACGCCUCUAGAGCUGCUCUAGAGAAGGCCCAACUGAUAUUACUUCCCUACCAGCUGCUACUGCAGAAGUCCACCCGUGAGCAGUUGGGCAUUAAUCUCAAGGGAUCCAUCGUAAUAGUCGAUGAGGCCCACAAUCUUUUGGACAGUUUGACCCAGUUGCAUGGCGCUGAAAUUAACCGCCAGAUGUUGGAAAAGGCUAGAAUGGAGAUCUCUGGCUAUAAGGAGCACUUUCAAAAACGGUUUAGCACAAAGAAUCUCCUGAAAAUUAACCAACUCAUCUAUAUAGUCCGGCGGUUGCUAAAAACCAUCGAACCGGGUGAUGAGUCGCAGACCAACAGCUCAAGAAUGCUGCGCACGUAUGAGCUAACUGCCGAAGGAGACUUUUUCAACAUCGAUCUUCGCGAGCUUCUGGACUUUUGCGCACGGACCCGUUUCGCCAGGAAAGUCCAGGGUCAUGCGGCCAAAAUACAGAGGGAACCACAGCCCAGUGAGAAUAACCCACCUGUGGGAACGGCCAGAAGCCUGAUUCUCCAGAGAUUGGCCAACGAGCAAAAGGAAAAAGAGAAAACAAAGCCAGGCAAGAGGAAACUAGAAAAUAUCGAGGAUAAAGUGGAGGGGCUGCAGGGAAAGGAGGAGCCGAUAAGGAAGCCAGACCUGAAAGUAACCCCUUCCCCCAUAAGACCACUGCUGGCAUUCCUGGAAACCCUCACUAGUAAUGCAAAGGACGGCAGGAUUCUAUUAGACCUUCAAGGGGGAACCCUGAAGUACCUACUACUCGAUCCUGCAGAGCAGUUUGCCGAUAUCCUGGGCGAAGCUAGAGCGGUCGUGGUUGCUGGUGGCACCAUGCAGCCCACUCAGGAGCUCAAGAAGCAGCUGUUUGCCAGCUGCGAGGAUCGCCUGGUGGAGCGCUUUUACAACCAUGUGGUGCCCGAGGAUGCGGUAUUGCCCUUUGUGGUUUGCAAUGGUCCAAAACGUGCACUCUUACGUUUUAAUUUUGCGCAAAGGGCUAGCCCAGAAAUGCUCCAGGAGCUCGCGAUGGUUCUCCAGAAUCUCUGCCAAGUGAUUCCCGGUGGAGUGGUUUGCUUUUUGCCUUCCUACGAGUAUUUGGAUAAGGUAUACAAAUAUCUGGAGCAGUCCGGGACCCUUGAAAGGAUUUCCCGCAAGAAGACCAUGUUUCGAGAGGUCGCGGGAUCGGCAGAGCAGCUCUUGGAGAAGUAUGCGCUGGCCAUAAAGGCAUCGCAAUCGGGAGGAGCCCUACUCUUGAGUGUCGUUGGAGGAAAGCUCUCCGAGGGCCUAAACUUUGCCGACGAUCUAGGCAGGGCAGUUUUAGUGGUUGGUCUACCAUAUCCCAAUCGCCAAGCGCCUGAACUUCAGGAGCGAAUGCGGCACCUGGAUGAAAAACUGGGACCCGGAUCCGGUAAUGAAUUCUACGAGAAUCUCUGCAUGAAAGCGGUCAACCAGUGCAUUGGGAGAGCAGUUCGUCACAUCAAGGACUAUGCUUGUGUAUAUCUCCUAGAUGAACGCUACGCGACUGCCGGAAUACGCGGAAAACUCCCCGAAUGGAUUUCCCGACAUAUCGUAGAGGCGAGUGCCGGAAAAGGAGGCUUUGGAGCAGUUCAAGCACGAACUGCUAAAUUUUUUAAGAGUAGGUAACGAAUAUUUGUACCCAAUCGUUAAAAAGCCGUCUUAUUGUAUUAUUACACUUAUUGUUAUAUUAAGUCUCAUUUUUUAGACGGCCAAUUGAUGUAAGGGUUAUAUAUUUGCUUAAGGCAAGGAUUUGAUAUUAUUACGUUGGUAAAAACAAUUUACGACUUUAUAAAAGUCAACGAAUUUAAAGUUUUUUAAAAAAUUAUUUGUAUUUGCAUUAAAUAUUUGUAUUAUAGCAUAUUAAUGGGUCAUUUUAAAAUAAAUUAUAUUGAAUAACAUUUCUUUAGAAUGUUCUGUAAAACAGCAUGCAGAACAAA